AUGAGGCCGACGCUGCUGCAAGGCCAUGAGCGUGCGCUCACACAAGUCAAGUACAACAAAGAAGGCGACCUGCUGUUCUCGGUAGCCAAAGAUAAGGAUAUCUGUGCCUGGUUCACCAGCAAUGGCGAGCGCUUGGGAACCUACCAAGGUCAUCUGGGUGCAAUUUGGACCGUCGACGUUUCGCCAGACUCUAGAAUAUUAGCCUCCGGCUCCGCCGACAACACCAUCAGACUAUGGAAUGUUCAGACCGGUGAAAACGUCAAGACAUGGGAGUUCCCAACCGCAGUCAAGCGAGUUGAAUUCAGCGAAGACGGUAAGCAGCUACUCGCUGUUACCGAAAAGAGAAUGGGCUACUUGGGCACAAUUGUCGUCUACGACAUCAGGUACGGCGAAGAUCUCACAGACCAGACCGAUGAGGAGAGCCUCAAGAUCACCUGCGAGGACAGCAAAGCCACCGUUGCUGGUUGGAGUUAUCUCGACAAGUAUAUCAUCUCUGCACACGAAGAUGGGACGGUCACGCAGUGGGACGCCAAAACCGGCGAGUACAACAUGAGUAUCGAAGCUCACGAAUUCGACACUCAAAUCAACGACAUUCAAUUCUCUCAAGACCGAACAUACUUCAUCACCGCUGGUAAAGACAAGAGCGCCAAGAUUCUUUCCGCCCGAGACCUUUCGAUUCUGAAGAACUAUCCUGCCGACACCCCCCUCAACACUGCCGCCAUCACCCCCAAGAAAGACUUUGUCAUCCUGGGUGGUGGCCAGGCGGCCAUGGAUGUCACUACUACGUCUGCCCGGCAGGGUAAAUUCGAAGCCCGCUUCUACCAUAAGAUAUUUGAAGAUGAGAUCGGUCGUGUUAGAGGUCAUUUCGGUCCGCUUAACACGGUCGCCGUCCACCCUCAAGGCACCGCUUAUGCCUCUGGUGGCGAAGAUGGCUACGUUCGCAUGCACGCUUUCGAUAAAGCCUACUUCGAUUUCAUGUACGAGGUGGAGCGCGAGCAAGCGAGAAAAUGA